AGACAGUUUGUUUUGAUUUUCUUCCGGGUUGGAAAUCUAGCCGCCAAAUUGAAGUGACCCAAUGGGCAUGUGUUAUUAAGAGUUAAAUAUAUCUAAUGUACUUAAUAACUUAAUGCACGCGUCAUUAGUGUUUUAUUUUGGCAUUCACUUACGCGUAUCCAACAUUGUUCAGUCUUUGCUGACAACUUUCAAAACGACCCUAGUUAGCUAAAGUUAGCUAGCUCACACGGGAGGGCGCAAUGGAAGAGGCGAGAAAAGAUGUUUUGGGGCACUUGAACAUGUUGGAAAUGGAGGCGAACAACUUGGCAUUGAAGCAGCAGAGUAGUCGCGAGGAUGAGCUGAAUGCAACACUGCAAGCACUCCUCAAUAAAAGAGACCAGUUAAAAGUUGAAAUAAAGGCAAAUACGUCUCUCCAGAAGAUGAGAUCUCUACUGGACCAAACAGGUGUUCCACGUGAGAGGGACGAGGAUGUUGAUGACCUGGAAGAUGGCUCAGAGAACUCAGAACUUCUACUGUUGAUGGCCACACACACACAACUGAAGGACCUGCUUCAUGCUCACCAUCUUAUAGGUGGGUAUGAUGUCCUCCAGACUCGUAAAGGUAAAGGAGUGUGUGUCUCGUUGGCCACUGCAUACGAAGGCGUCUACCUUGAGACAUAUAACCUGGAGAUGGACCUGGGGUCUAACCUGAGGAUCUGUCGGCAUAACAUCCCUCCGUUCAUCCCCCUGGAGAUGCUGGUGGCGCAGGGCAACAUGCAGACAGACAUCAGGGCUUUCCUGGACACCCUCAGCCAGUAUCUCAAUGCCUACGCUGGCCGCAAGCAGCAGCUACUCCUCACCAAGGAGAUCCAUAGCUCUGUUCAGGUGGCGGAGAGUAAUGCUCUCUGUACCAUACUGGUGCUGAUGUUCACUAUAGCAGGAGAGAAGGCCGGGGCUGCACUGUGUACACUGCAGUAUGCUGACCACACACAAUGCCUGCCCACCCGGGUCAACAUAGAGUCUGAAGACGCUGCUCUGGCCGGUUCUCCACAAUGGAAGAAGAACCACGCCCUACUCCUGGAGACUCCAUUACACACAGCCUUGGUGACCAUGAAGAAGACUGGCAGUAUCGCUUAGUCUGAACACAGUAUGCUGUAAAUACACUCAAGACUGAACAGUUGUUUAUGUCAA